UCACUGCAGUUAUUUCUGUGUUCUGGCGUUUCAAGUCUUGCAAACAGAAAUUUCCGAGAACUUAAUUUUCUUCUUUACUAGUGUAAAGUAGAAAACUCUUGGGGUUUCACACAAUUCAUUUAAAUCGGUCGAGAUGAAGGUGUUCGUGGCAGCAGCGCUCCUGGCCCUGGCGGCGGCCGAAGGAUACUUUCGGCUCCCAAAUCCCUAUUCGUACAGCUGUCAACAAGGCUUGUGUGUGAGGCAGGAGCGCUCACUGUCAGGAGAAUACCGCUCACUCGAAAGCUGCCAGCUCACUUGCGGAGAGUACGGGUCAAUAUGGCCACAGCCGACGGGUAAAGUGGAACUGUCCAAGGAAACAGUCAGCUUUUCCCCUCUUCAGAUGCGGGUGACAAAGGCCGCCACUUCUGACAAGCGAGUGGCCAGAAUGCUGGACAACGCCAUCCAGCACUUCACCCGCAACAUCCACUUCCUUCCUUCACUUCCUGACUUCCCACAAAUAGAGAAGCACCCGUUAAGGCCAGAGGAUUAUGAGGGAACAAUGCACUUUGACAAGAAGGUACAAAAUGCUUCUAAUGAGUGAUAUUUUAAGCACAAUAGUUUUUCGUUCUGAAAUCUAUAUCUUGUCGAAUGCUUUCUACAUUAAGACCAAUUUAGUUCCAGAAUGAAGACCCUGCCCAGCAGGAGCAACGAUAAUAUUCAGUGAUGUAUUUCUGCUUUCUGAUAAAAUGAGAAAAUCUCA